GUCCUGCCCCGAGUGCCGCGUCAUCUCCGAGUUUGUCAUCCCCAGCGUGUACUGGGUGGAAGAGCAGGAGAAGAAGAAUGAGCUGAUUGAAGCAUUCAAGCAGGGAGUGGGGAAAAAGCCCUGCAAGUACUUUGAGCAAGGCAAGGGGACGUGUCCCUUUGGGGGGAAGUGUCUGUACCUGCACGCCUACCCCGACGGCACCCGCGCCGAGCCCGAGAAACCCAGGAAGCAGCUGAGCUCCGAGGGCACUGUCAGGUUCUUCAACUCCGUGCGCCUGUGGGAUUUCAUCGAGGACAGGGAGAGCCGGAGCGCGCCCGGCGCCGACGCCGAGGUGACGGAGCUGGGGGAGCUCUUCAUGCACCUCUCUGGGGCUGAGCAGGAGCCCAGCGAGCCCCCAGAGCCCCUCUGAGCCCCCUCAGCUGCCUGCCUGCCUGCCAGGCUUCUCUCUCUCCAGCACAGGUAGAGCAAAACGUGCCCUGCUGCUCACCUGUGCAGUCCUGCUAAAGUUUUCAGAUCGUUUUUAUAUGGCAACAACAAAAAAAAGACUAAAAUAUAUUUAAAAGAAAAACCAAAAAAAUUGGCUGCAUGGAAAAAAAUCCCUUAAUCCCAGGAGGGUUUUGUCCCUCUCUGGCCUAACAUAUGCUGUCUUGUGAGCUGAGUGGUAGUGUAAAUACAGGUCCAGUGAAAGCUUCAGCUGGUAAAAACUGUUGCUAAUUAGAGUUUGGGUGCUUUUGGGUUUUUUUCUCCACUAAAUCAGCUAAAUGUAGAAGUGCAAAACCCACUGGGAAUAAUGGUCAGUGUAGGGUUUUCUCCUUAAUGAUACCUCAGGCAGUACCUGGAGCUCGGAGUGGAGGCUGGUGGGUGCUGUGGGCAGGGCUGGCACCCAGUGCUGCCAGGGGAGCCCCCAGCCCUGUCUUACACUAAUUACAGUGUGAUGAGCCUGUCUUACAUCAAUGCCAGUGUGAUAAAUCCGUUUCACACCAGUCCCAGUGUGAUGAGCCCUUUUCACACAAUCCCAGGGUGAUGAGCCCGUUUCACACCAGUCCCAGAGCUCAGCAGUGGCUCCUGCUGCACAGCAAAUGCGGCUGCACUGAUCCCUGCACUCCUGGAGCUGCAGCAGACAGCAGUGAGGUCUCACAGAACUGGUACUGAAUUCUGCUUUGUUAAAAACGUGAUUUCUGUUGGGUUGUGAAAUCUGGUACCAGAAGUUCAUUCUGCCAAGGCAACUGUUCUGACUUGGAAUUUAACCCAAGAAUUCAGUGAGCACUGCAGGAACAACAGCAUGGACACAGCUGAGCAGGAGCUGUCACUGCCUCAGCCCCUUGCACAUCACUGAGCAGUGUUUGCAAACACCAACAGAGAUGUGGGGUUUGUUUUACAACACUUGGGUUGCCAUGGAAGGUGUGAACUCCUUUGGUUAUUAUCUAUAGCAAUAUAAAAGCAUAAAAAUAAUACUUAAAAAUGUGUAAGAAAGAAAGGCCAAGGACAGGAAGGUUUGUAAUCAGGGGUGGGAAAUGAUGAAGCAAAAUGUGUUCAGAGAGCCCUGGGCACACAGGGAGGGAGCAGCAGGAGCCUCAGCCUGGCAGGGACCCAGGAUGAUCCAUUCAGCUGCUGGUGGCAUUUCUGGCUCAGGAGCUCCUCCCCUGUGCCAGCUGUGCCCUCUGCUCUCACUGGAAAUUAAUUUUUCCAUCAUUUUCCCCUGCAGUGAUUGUGGCAGCGCUCACUGCACAGCCAGGGCUGCCCUUGCAUGGCUGUAACAUCGAUUCCCUCUCUUGGCCCAGCAAAGGCUGAAGUGCACUUGGUCAGCACUGAUGACAAAGCAGAAGGUGAAUUAUCCCUGAGAGGAUGUCACCCCCAGAUCAGCGUGUCAGGGACACCCCAACACCCUUUCCAUCCCAGAAUGCUUCCCAGCCCUCACCCUCCCUCUGAAGCUCAUUUCCAUCUGCCCUGCACCUCAAUUUUUUCCCCCAGAAAUAAUUAUUGUCAUGAAUACACUAAAAAAAAAAAAAUCAAUGGAGAGGAUGUUCUUUACCCUGAACAAGACAUUCCUGAUUUACUCUGCCCCAAGAAGCCAUGAGGGAUAGUCUGAAAUUAAAAACAUGACUUGGUUCACAAAAGUACCAGGGAUUUACCGUGUCUGGGUUUAAGUUCUUCACUCAGCACCUUUCAUUUAACUGGACAUCAGUGCUGGUUAAAAUAAACCUACUUAUCCAAAAUACUUCAUUUUUUCAAGAGACACAUGAUCUGGUUUAAAAACCACAGCUUAAUGGUUUCUUUUGGGAAAUCAGAGUUAAAGUAAAAGCAGCUUACCUCUUCUGGGAUUUUCCCUUUCAUGUUUUAAGCUUAUAAUGAAGUGACAAUUAGAGAUAAAUAAUGUUUAGAGUUGCAGUCCAAAUACAAUAAUAUUGAUAAAAACCAUGCAGAACUAAAUGGAGACUUCAAGUCCCAAUUUCCUGUUUAGGUAUCAAAGCUCACAGAAUUCUCAGUUGCCAGCCAGGGGUUCACAGCCUGCCCUUGCCCUGUUCCAGAACGUUCUGAGGCCAGACUGGGGCUGGUUCCCCUCUCCAGGAGCUCUGUGGGGCUGUGGGGCCAUUCCAGGGUCACAGCCAGCCCUGGCCCCAGUGAGGCAAAAACCCCAGACGGGCUCCAUGUGUGCCCCAAGAACCACAUUGCACAUUUCACAUUUCACCACCUGCUCUGUGAAAAAAUCCACGUUCAGAUUCACCCACCUGUUGUGUCCUCCUGCAGUUCAGCCAACACAAAACCCUCCCUUGCAGCUCAGUGGAGAAAAUGGAGCCAGAGUGGGGCAGGGCAGGGGCCUGGGAGCUCCUCAGGGUGUCCAAGGCAGCUGCUGCUCAAAGAUCACUGCAGCACAAACUGGCUUGUCAUGACUGGAAAUGUACACGUUGUUUUAUCAAGUGUGGUUUUACUUGCACUGCUGUUAUUUAUCAGUUACUUUUUAAAACCUAUUCAGAAAUGUCAUUUCUUGAGUUUUCCAAAUGCAGAUGUCCCACUAAGAACUGUGGCUGACUCCCAUUAAAAUGAUGACAUUGAAUCUUAAACCUAAAAUUUAAUUUAUUUUAUUAAAAUAAGAUAAUCAAGAGGAACCUUGGCUUACAAUAAAUGCAUUUUCUCAGGAGCAAUAAAAACAAAAA